UACUGGACUCCGUACUAGUCGCCCCGGGUCUGCGAGGGCGGACGCCGCGAUUGGUCGCCGCGGUUGGUCGCGUCACCGGGCUCCUCCCUCUGCCACGCCCGGAUUGGCUUCUGCCGGCUCGCGGACGGAGCGGGUGCACGAUGGACUACCUUCCGAAGCCCGGUCUCUUCAGUAUAAUUGCAGGCGUGGCCUGUGGGGUGUGCCUGGGCUGGGGAGUCCGUGCGCGGCUCUUCCGCCCUCCCAAAAGCAAAACGUCCGCCGUGGCCAACGAGGUGGGCAGCGAAGCCAGCAUCAUGGGCGAGGGCGGCGAGUUCAAGAUGGUGAUCGCGGUCCGCUCCGACCUGAAGAUGGGGAAAGGCAAGGUGGCCGCCCAGUGCUCCCACGCCGCCGUGUCGGCCUACAAGCAGAUCCAGCGCCGCAACCCCCAACUCCUUCGGCAGUGGGAAUAUUGUGGGCAGCCCAAAGUGGUGGUCAAGGCCCCCGAUGAGGAGACCCUCCUCCAGCUCCUGAACGAGGCCCAGCUGCUGGGCCUGGCCGUGAGCUUGAUCCAAGACGCAGGCCGCACGCAGAUCGCCCCUGGCUCGCGGACCGUCCUGGGCAUCGGACCGGGACCCACUGAGGUUGUGGACAAAGUUUCUGGCCAUCUAAAACUCUACUGAACCUGGAGCCUCGGCAGCCCAGAGAUAAUUCUACUGCAUGAGCUUGUUUUUGUAAAAAAUGGAAAUCAAACACUU